AUGGAUUCCAUUUGCCACUUCUUAAUGGUAUGGUAUUACUGUACUCUGACGAUUCGAGAGAGCAUCCUGAUUAUCAACGGCUCCAAGUUAGGAUCCUGGUGGGUGGCUCAUCACUACCUGGCUUGUGUGAUCGGUGGUGUCGCACUCACAUGGCCGGAUGACGCCUCAUAUCAGGCUUUUCACUUCCAAUUCUUGCUGUUCGCUGGAUAA